AUGAGGUGCUUUGCUGGCUUGCAUUCGGGCUUGUCAAAUUCGACCCAAAAUGCGGGGAGCGCACGGGCCAGACAUGUUGAUUUCGCGCCCUCACCUCGCCCGGUUUUUACGGGGGACCCAGUCGAAAAACAGCCCAGCCCAGCCCAGCCCAGCGACAGGCCCGGCGGCUUUGGCAGGCUCAGGCUCUGGCUCUGGCUCAGGCUCAGGCUCAGGCUCAAGGCUCAGCCCGCCGGCCGCCCUGGCAAUCCGUCGUCCGCAAUCCACAGACAGCCCGCAAUCUGGACGAGGGGUUCGCUCGCUAUCGCCAGUCAACAUCCCACUUUGGCCAUUUCUAUUAUCGACGUCCCGCCCAAAAAUCACCAGCGGAUUCGGGCGGUUGAGGCCGACGUUGGACUUCCACUCGCCCACGAGCGACGCCCAUCUAAUCGACCUGCCGCAGCAGUAUAUCUAUUCUCACCUCUUUCGCCAGCCGCAGCCAUCCCCAACCACGUGCCCGUCGACGUCCCCGCGACGCCCACCACCAUCAUGUCGCGGGUCUACGCCGAGGUCAACCAGAACAUGCCCAGAAGCUAUUGGGACUACGAUAGCGUCAACAUCAGCUGGGGUGUUCUGGAGAACUACGAGGUCGUGCGCAAGAUCGGCCGCGGCAAGUACUCCGAGGUUUUCGAGGGCAUCAACAUCGUCAACUACCAGAAAUGCGUCAUCAAGGUCCUCAAGCCCGUCAAGAAGAAGAAGAUCAAGCGCGAGAUCAAGAUCCUGCAGAACCUUUCCGGCGGGCCCAACAUUGUGGCACUCCUAGAUGUUGUUCGGGACAGCCAGGUAUACGCCAACCCCAUAAGCAAGACGCCCUCGCUCAUCUUCGAGUACGUCAACAACACCGACUUCCGAAGCUUGUACCCCAAGUUCAACGACAUCGAUGUCCGCUACUACAUCUUCGAGCUGCUCAAGGCGCUCGACUACUGCCACAGCAAGGGCAUCAUGCACAGAGACGUCAAGCCUCAUAACGUUAUGAUCGAUCAUGAGAACCGAAAGUUACGUCUCAUCGACUGGGGUCUCGCCGAGUUCUACCACCCCGGCACCGAGUACAACGUGCGCGUGGCGUCCCGAUACUUCAAGGGACCAGAGCUGUUGGUGGACUUCCAAGAAUACGACUACAGCCUGGACAUGUGGAGCUUGGGCGCCAUGUUCGCCUCCAUGAUCUUCAGAAAGGAGCCCUUCUUCCACGGCCAGAGCAACUCGGACCAGCUCGUCAAGAUCGCCAAGGUGCUCGGUACCGACGAUCUCUUCGACUACCUGGACAAGUACGAGAUCGAGCUUGACCCCCAGUACGACGACAUUCUGGGCCGCUUCUCCAAGAAGCCCUGGCACAGCUUCGUCAACGCCGAGAACCAGAGGUUUGUCAGCAACGAGGCUAUCGACUUCUUGGACAAGCUCCUCCGCUACGACCACCAGGAACGACUCACUGCCAAGGAGGCCAUGGCUCACGCCUACUUUGCACCCAUCCGAGAUGAGGCAACUCUGAAGAACUACCUUGGAGGUGCAAAGGUCAGCUCAGAAUCUUGA